AUGAGCCUUACAAAGCGGAAAUUGAUCCUCGUUCUCAUUUUCAUCCUAGUCAGCGCCUCCCUCUUUCGCGUACUCCGAAUCACCCUAACGACUUCUUAUUUCCUCAAUCUAGAACAUGUUCCAAACACAAAAAACACUCGGGCCGACACAUACGGUAACAAAAUAUUAUCUGAAAAAGAACUUCGUUUUCUCUCGGAUAUUAUUUUACAAAAAUCACCUUGCAAUCUUCUUGUUUUCGGGCUUGAAGAUCAAUAUCUAAAACUACCAGCCAUCAAUGAAGGCGGUAAAACAAUUUUUCUAGAGGACAAACCUGAAAAGCUAAUUGAUUUGACGACGAAUGUUAAUGGGUCGGCACGGGUUUACAGAAUCCGGUACAAAACGUCUGCAAAGGAAGCAUACAAGUUGCUCAAGCAUGCGAGAACACACUCGAGUUGUUCUUUGCGGCCUGGAGUAAGAACGCUUACCGCCAAAUGCAAGAUUGCGUUAACCGGGCUUCCUAAAGAAGUGUUCAAGACUAAGUGGGAUGUUAUUGUUGUGGAUGGGCCGGGUGGGGACGGGCCCGAGUCACCGGGAAGAAUGAGUGCUAUUUAUAUGGCUGGUGUUCUUGCGCGGGCCGGAAAUGGGACCAAUGUAGUUGUACAUGAUGUUGAUCGGAUGAUUGAGAAAUGGUUUUCUUGGGAGUUUUUGAGUGAGAAGAAUUUGGUUUCUUCUAAAGGGAAGUUUUGGAAUUUUAAGAUAGAUCAGAAAAAGAAUUUGGUUUCUUUGAAGCAAAUGUGA